AUGUGGACUCUUCCGGGCUUCCUCCAGGACCUCCAACGCAUGUGGCACGAGCCACGCGUGUGGGAUACGACCAUCAACAAAUCAGGCCUGAUCUUGAUCACUGUAGUGGUCGUCGUCUUCAGCAUUGGCUUCUUCGCCAACCUUCGCAACACUUCAGAUCUGCUCAAGGAUAAGGUCAAUGUGGCCAUCGGGUCCCACUCGGGGGUUGUUCACAAGAAAGACGCGCCACCCAUUCCACCGCCAUCAGAGGUGGUCUCCCUUCGGAUCUAUCCCAUCAAGUCGUGCCGUGGUUUCGAAGUCGACAGCACACGACUCAAAAAGGCCGGCCUCACCCUGGACCGCAACUGGAUGUUCAUCGAUGCGCAGGAGAAAAAGUUCCUCACCAUCCGCUCGGAUCCUUCCAUGACCCUGAUCGACACCAAGAUCAUCGAACGAGACGGCCAACAGAUGCUCGAAGUCAGCAUUCACAACACCGACGGCCGCGUCGUGAUUCCCGCGUUUCCCACUCAGAAAUGGCUCGAAGCGAACACCACCCUCAGCGAAGUCGAAAUCUGGGGCGCCAAAACGGACGCCUGGGAGUACAGACCCGAAAUCAACAGGAUCUUCUCCGAAUUCUUCAACAAAGACGUCCUGCUCGUGUACAAAGGCCCGACGCAUCGCAUGGUCGCCAUCAACGGCCGCCGCGAAUUGUACGGAAGCGAAACCCCCCACCACUUCGCAGACGUCAUGUCCCUCCAGAUCGCCUCGGAAGCCUCCAUCAAAGACCUCAACAAACGCCUCGGCCACGAGCCCGGUACCCCCGAAGCCCUCACCAUCGAACGCUUCCGUCCCAACAUCAUCAUCCGCGGGCGCGACGACCACCCCUGGGAGGAAGACACGUGGAAACGCAUCCGCAUCUCCACCCUCCUGCCCGCGGAGGAGAAACUCUACAAACUCGACUGCGACAUCGUGGCGCGCUGUGCGCGGUGUCAGGUCCCGAAUGUGAAUCCCGACACGGCGGAGAAGCACCCCAAGCAGCCGUGGGAUACGCUGAUGGAUUUCCGGCGCGUCGACACGGGCGGUCCGGCCAAGUAUAAGCCCUGCUUUGGCAUGAUGGCGAUUCCGAAGAACGAGGGCGUCGUCAAGGUGGGCGCGACGUUGGAGUGCCUCGAGACGACGGAUAAGCAUUGGUAUAACGAGAGGGCUUUUAAGGAUCUGUGA